CAGGGAUAGACAGUGAUCGGACGUGUGCGUGUCUCCUGUGCCGGUUUAACAAUGAGCGCCUGCUGUUUAAAAUUGUGUGUGAAAUCGGCCAAAGAAAGGAGGAGAAUCCAUAGGUUUCCUAAAGAUGAGCAAAGGAGAAAGGAGUGGGAAAAAUGGGUGUCUACUGUAAAUCAAUCACCCUUUUCUUCAAAACCAAGUUCACGGUUGUGUAACAAGCACUUUUUGAAAGAGUGUUACCAGGAAAAUGGUCUACUUAAACCAGAUGCAGUCCCAACCUUGAUCCCUGAAUGUGAUCUGUCAAAUUUGUUUCGGAUGGGUUUCCUGCCAAGUACCAGCUCUGUUUCUUUAUCUGUGCUCGUCGGUAACAACCUUGUUAGCAACCCCGAGGGGCAGACUUCUUCACAGGCGUGUCACGCCACACAACGCGACGAGACUUGGUCGAAUUCUGCUACUACAGUAUGUGUUGAUAAGUCAUCAAACCCGCUCUUGGGCCCUGUGCCAACCAGUUGCAUCACAGAGAACCCCCAAGUACCUUUGGAUUUGUCAACGAGAAGUGUUAAUGAACACAACACACCCAGAUCAGGGCCUAAAGCCAGCAGUACUCUCAAAACACCGGCCGAACGAGUACCAAACAAGCGUAAACGGUACCCCGGAGACAUAACUCCAGGCGAUUUCAGCACACCCAAGAGGGCCAAGAGGGCCAGGCACUGUGUGGAAUUUCUAAAAGACGACAGAGAACGGUUAAAUAGGAAAAUUAGGCGUGUUAGGGAGAGCUGUCGAAGAAAACAGACAAAAGCAAAACAAUCACUGACUUGUGUUGCUGUGGUGGCUGGUGUUGGCACGGCUCAGAGGCCUGGGUGCUCCCCAUACUUCCUCCAUGGAGGGAGCUAGCGCGGAGCGCUAGCGCACCUCCGUAUAGAAACAAAUACAUGUGGCCUCCUCUACAAGAAUGAUGUCGAAAUUUGGCAUUAAAUGUGUAGCCGACCAA